UCCUCCCAUUCACUUCCCUUAAACCCCAUACAACCGCACCCUUAUCCCCUUCUUCUUCUUCUUCUUCUUCUUCUUCUCUGAGGCCAUGGCAUAUACUUCCUCCAUUAUCGGUGUUUCCUCCAUAUUCCAAGCUAACCCGUCUCUAGAACAUUCCAAGAGGCCUACUUCUACUCCUCCUCUAUCUUUCCCUCAAUCCUUUGAGAAGCUUCAUUUCAAUCCCCUAAAAGCUUUUUCUUCAUCGUCGCUUGUUCGUUCAAAGCAGUGCUCGAGUUCGAGCCCGUUUGUUGCUUCGGCUGUGGUCACUCCCAAUUCUUCUCUGCUCAGCGAGGAGGCCUUCAAGGGGCUCGGCGGGUUCGCCAAGGAUUCCUUGGAUGUCAGCGACGCUGAGUAUGAUUCGGAGCUCGAUGAGGAUGAGAGCGAGCUCGGAGCGGCUGAUAGUGACGAUGAACUUGCAGUUUCCAAACUAGGUUUGCCUCGGCAGUUAGUUGAGACUCUUGAGAAACGAGGGAUUACCAAUCUUUUCCCAAUUCAGAGAGCUGUAUUGAUACCUGCAUUGGAAGGUCGCGAUAUAAUUGCUAGAGCAAAAACUGGGACAGGGAAGACACUUGCAUUUGGUAUCCCAAUAAUUAAAAGGAUUACUGAAGAUGAACAGUCAAAAUUUUCUCAAAGGCGGGGACGACUGCCUCGAGUUUUGGUCCUUGCACCUACUAGAGAGUUAGCCAAACAAGUAGAGAAAGAAAUAAAAGAAUCAGCGCCGCACUUAAACACUGCCUGUAUAUAUGGAGGAGUCUCAUAUGUUACACAGGAAAGUGCACUUUCCCGUGGGGUUGACGUGGUUGUUGGAACUCCAGGUAGACUCAUUGACCUGAUCAACAAUAAUAGCCUGAAGCUGGGGGAAGUUCAGUAUUUGGUACUUGAUGAAGCUGAUCAAAUGCUUGCGGUUGGGUUUGAGGAGGAUGUGGAGGUAAUCUUGGAAAAGCUUCCAUCACAGCGGCAGAGCAUGCUAUUUUCUGCAACCAUGCCUAGCUGGGUAAAGAAACUAGCGAGGAAAUAUUUGAACAAUCCACUGACAAUUGACUUGGUUGGUGAUGAAGAGGAAAAGCUGGCUGAGGGGAUCAAGCUAUAUGCAAUACCGACCACAGCAACCUCAAAACGGACUAUUCUCAGUGAUCUUAUAGCGGUUUAUGCUAAGGGUGGGAAGACAAUAGUAUUCACACAGACAAAGAAAGAUGCUGAUGAGGUUUCCAUGACAUUAACAAACAUCAUUCCUUCGGAAGCAUUGCAUGGUGACAUUUCCCAGCAUCAGAGAGAAAGAACCUUAAAUGGAUUUAGGCAAGGAAAAUUCACAGUCCUGGUUGCAACUGAUGUUGCAGCUCGCGGGCUUGAUAUCCCCAAUGUUGAUUUGGUAAUCCAUUAUGAACUUCCCAAUGAUCCCGAGACUUUUGUGCACCGCUCUGGUCGAACAGGACGUGCAGGAAAGGAAGGCAAUGCUAUUCUGAUGUUCACUAGUAGCCAAAGGCGAACUGUCAGAUCUCUUGAGCGUGAUGUGGGGUGCAGAUUUGACUUUGUUAGUCCUCCGUCAGUCAAUGAGGUUUUGGGCUCAUCAGCUAAGCAAGUGGUAGCUAGCCUUGGUGGGGUCCAUUCUGAGUCCAUUGAGUACUUCAUGCCAACAGCAAACAAGUUAAUGGAGGAACAAGGAGUCAAUGCUCUAGCUGCUGCGCUUGCUCUCUUGGGUGGUUUUGCAAAGCCUCCUUCUUCUCGUUCUCUAAUUACUCAUGAACAGGGAUGGGUUACGCUGCAGCUUACACGUGACACUGGUUUCUCUCGAGGAUUCAUGUCUGCUAGAUCUGUAACUGGGUUUCUGUCUGAUGUUUAUUCAGCAGCUGCUGAUGAAGUCGGAAAAAUACAGAUAAUUGCAGAUGAACGGGUUAAUGGUGCUGUUUUUGAUCUUCCAGAGGAGGUUGCAACAGAGCUCCUAAAUCAGCCAUUGCCUCCUGGAAACACUAUAACCAAGAUUACAAAGUUGCCAGCUUUGCAAGAUGAUGGGCCCCCAAGUGAUUUCUACGGAAGGUUUUCAAACAGGGAAGGGGGCUCACGAGGAGGGUUCAGGGACCGAAGAGGUGGUAGAGGAGCUUCCCGGAGCUGGUCUAGUGGUCGAUUCUCCAAUAAUGAUAGUGAUGACUUGGAUGAUGGGUUUAGGCAGGGUGGGAGAUCAAGAAGGGGAGGAAGUAACUUUGAUGAUGGGUUUAGACAGGGUGGGAGAUCAAGAAGGGGAGGAAGUGAUUGGCUGAUUAGUGAUUCGAGAUCUAACCGGUCAUCAUCAUUCGGAGGAAACAGGGAUAGGAACUUCAGUGGUGCAUGUUUCAACUGUGGGCAAACUGGUCACCGAGCAUAUAAAUGCCCUAGCAAGCGCGGUGGCUAUUAGAACUGAUGGUUGUCGAAAACUCCUAAAUCUCCCUUUACUGCACUGACUGAUGAAAACCUGGAGAUCAUUCCUGCAAGCAUAUCAUUCACAUUUCACACAGGAGCUGCAGCCAGCUGCAACAACAAUUGCUUACUACCCCCCGGUGCCGGUGGUGUAUCCUCCAACUUUCUCUAAACCUUAUUAGAGUGUAGUAUGUAUAAUGUUUAAUCUAAAUUUUGCUGCUGCUUUUAUGCAGACAUACUAUCUAUAUCUAUAUCUAUACUUGACACGGUUCAAAAUGAUAUUAUGACAUUGAUUUUUUCUGCAUUUUAUGAUGAUUUUGUUUCCUGCA